AUGUCCCCUCACAGCAAGAACAGUUCAUGGCAGCAGAAGAAACAACAACGCGAACAACACGACAAAGACAACGACGACUCUUCUUCUCGAUUUACUUCUACUACUAAUACUACUACUUCAACUACUGUUCAUUCCAAUCAUCAUCCUCAUCAUCAUCGAUCAAGAAACACUGCUGGAUUAGGCAAACAGUUCAUUCGAAUGGAAGCAGCAGCAGCAACAGCAGUUGAGAACAAGGAUCAACAACAUCUUGUUUCUUCUUAUCCAUCAUUCUCAUUUGGUAGCACCACUACUACUGCCAAUCACCACUCUUUGGUUCCCAUCAUCCACCAUGAUGAUGUCCUUGAUCGGGAAGGUGGUGUUCGAACACGUCUGUACCACCACAACAAUAGGAGGGAGGAUCCUUAUGUACAUCCUCCAACAGUAGUUCCUUUGGAAGAUGAAGGUCGUGGAGAGAAGGAAGACUCCCUUCAUUACAAUCCUUGCAAUACUAACAACAAUCAAGAUCAUGAUGAUCAUGAAGAAGAGAGGAUUUCAGAAGAGCUAUUGGUUCGAUUUUCCCGACCACGUGCAGCUGUUGUUGCUGGCACUCGUCGUCGUCGACGCAUGUCCUCCUUAAUAGUGGAUCCUCAUCGAGUGGGUGGUUCUUCAUCUUCUUCUUCUUCUUGGACCAAUCCUUCGAGUAACACUUCAACGUGUUCGUUUCCGUUCUUGAUGAAUACAGAUAAUCGUCCUUCAACAACAGAAUGCUCGUUUCCUUUCGUGAUGAAAGAAGGUUCUGUUGUUGAUCAUGUUCCUUGUCCUCCUCAAAGACGAUAUUCAAUGGAUGCAAGUAUGAUCAUGAGGAUGCAAGGACGGUUCCAUGGAACACCAACACAGAUGAAUCCUUUCAGUCCUCUCUAUCUGUACCGAGAGGAAACGAUGGAUGAAUUACUGAAUGGCGAGCAUUCGGAAGAACAUCGACAUCGGGUUUGGAACGAAUUGAGGAAAUUGGGAAAUGAAACUUGUAGUCCAAGUGGUAAUAGUAGAAGAAGAAGAAGUAGUAGUAGUAGUAGCAGUAUUGUUCAUCAUCCUCGACAACCACCUCAAGAACAACAACAACAACUUGCUUUCGUAUCAUCCUCAACGAAAACAAACUCCUCAAGUCUUCAGUUAGAUCCUCGAUCGAAUGGUGUUCUUGUUGUGGAUGGUGGUGUUGAGGAUGAUCCUCCUUUUCCUGGUGCGUCCUUCUCCAUCAGAAGAAACGAUUCAUCGAGCUUUGUCCAGUUUCCGUCCCUUCUCCCCUUGACAGUUCCCAAUUCCUUAAUUCAAGAUAUUGGUAACAAUGAACAUCCAAAUAAGAAGAAGAAGGAGGUGGCAUCUGACUUGUCUUGGUUUCCUUCUUCUUCUUCCCCAACAGGAUUCCCUCCUGCACAACGAUCAUUCAUCAUUCAUUUUGAAAACGUUCGACCUGCUGAAUCAACCUCAUCAUCAGCAGUAUCCUCAUCAUCACGGGUCUCUCCCUCUUCCUCCUCCACUUCUCCCAAUCAUUCAUCCACUUCUCCCUGCUUCGGAUUGACCCUUCAUGAAGUGGAUGUUCAAAAAAGUCAUCCACGAAGAAAACCCAAAGGUUACGAUCAUAUGGUGAAACACUUUACCUUGAAUACUCAGAAUCCUUCAAAGUCUAAGGAUCAAGAUUCUCGAAAAUAA